GGAGGAGCAGCUAGUGGGUGGAGUUUAAGGAUGCUUUAGGUUGCAGGAGAAGAAGUUGUUGUUGUUGCCUUUCACACGCCUUUAGCCAUGCGUAAUAACCAGUGUAACACUGUGAGGUGAGGAGGAGGAGGAGGAUGCUGGAGCAUGAGGCAGCAGCAGCAGACAUGCGACUGGUCCGUCAGAUCAGCGCAGCGGGGAUGAAGAUCCAGGCGGGUGGAGAGCACAUGGGCUGCAGCAAGGUCGGAGAGAACCAGAACCAGGAGAACCAGAACCAGGUCAUCUGUGUGCAAUGUCAGCAGGAGGAGGUGGUGCGGGUUUGUGCAGGGAGUCCUCGCAGUGCCGUCGCGACGCGCCUCUCCUCCGGAUCUGCAGACCGUGAGCCCAGCAGUAGCAGCUACAAUGCCUCUUCAGGAACCUUCUACAGCUGUGUCAGUCAGAUCACCAUUGGGUUUGACCUCGGGGGUCAAGUGGCCAUCGGCUUCUCCCAUUGGAAGAGUCCUUUCCCAGCGAGCGGCCCGAAUCUCCCCAGUCCGGACUGCGUUCACUCCGAGGUCACCGCCGUCCCGCCCGUCAGCGAGCACAUGGAGCCGGUGUCCUGCCCAGCGUCGCUGUCAAUCACCCCGCUGCCCACCUGCAGCGCCAGCCAGGAGACGCUCUGCGACAGCAGCACGAGUGUGAGUUUAUCUCUACAUGGGUCUGAGCCCCGGCGGCGGAGCCCCCGACGACGCAGAGUCCCGCUGCAGCCCUCGGCCUCAGGCUACCAGGCAGCGGACAGACCUCUUGCCUUCCCCUCCUGUGGGACGGCGGACAUCAUGGAGGAAUCCUCGUCUAAAGCCGAGGACUCCAGCAGUCUAGACGACGUGCCUCCCCUCGCUGUGAAGGCGGUUAAUGUGCUGCUGGAGAGAAAAAGGUCAGAGAGCACCAGCAGCCCGUCCAGAGACGACGACUCCACCCUGCUGAACCCGGGAACCAACAGCAGCAUCCUCGAUGAAAACACAAAGUCGGAUUCUGGCCUCCCAGAGGGGAGGAGUAAGUCCAGCGGCCUUUGCUUCAGCGAUGGAAAAUGUCGCAUUGACUACAUCCUGGUUUACAGGAAGUCCAGCUCGCUGUCAGAGAAGAGGGAGAUAUUUGAGCGGAACAUCCGUGCAGAGGGCUUACAGAUGGAGAAGGAGGGCUCUUUAACAAACAGCGAUGUGAUUUUUCUGAAAGUUCAUGCACCAUGGGACGUUCUCUGUCGCUACGCAGAGCUCAUGAACAUUCGCAUGCCUUUUAGGAGGAAAAUCUUUUACAUGCACCGACGGCACAAGUUCAUGAGCAGGAUGGAGAAGCGUAUCAACAAGUUUCGUGGCUGGCUUCCCCGCAAGCCCAUGAAGUUUGACAAGGAAACUCUGCCCGAUCUGGAGGAGAACGAGAGCUUCACCGCGCCCUUCAGUCGAUCGAGGAUACAUCAUUUCAUCAUCCACAACAAAGAGACUUUUUUCAACAACGCCACCAGAAGUCGAAUCGUCCAUCACAUCCUCCAGCGGGUCAAAUAUGAGGAGGGUAAAAAUAAGAUGGGACUUAAUCGUCUUUUGAGCAAUAGUUCAUACGAGGCAGCUUUCCCUCUUCACGAGGGGAGCUACCACAGCAAAAACUCCUUCAGAACACACGGAGCGGAGAACCAUCGGCACCUGCUGUACGAAUGUUGGGCCUGGUGGGGGGUUUGGUACAAGUACCAACCGCUGGACCUCAUCAGGAGGUAUUUUGGGGAGAAGAUUGGCCUGUACUUCGCCUGGCUCGGCUGGUACACGGGCAUGCUGUUUCCUGCGGCUCUGGUCGGCGUCUUUGUAUUCCUGUAUGGCCUCUUCACUCUGGAGCACUGCCAGGUCAGUAAAGAAAUCUGCCAGGCCACUGAUAUCAUCAUGUGCCCCAUCUGUGACAAGUACUGCCCGUUCCUGAGACUGUCAGACAGCUGCAUCUACGCCAAGGUCACCCAUCUCUUUGACAACGGUGCAACUGUUUUCUUUGCCGUAUUCAUGGCUGUUUGGGCAACGGUCUUCCUGGAAUUCUGGAAAAGGCGCAGAGCUGUCCUCGCAUACGACUGGGACCUCAUUGACUGGGAGGAAGAGGAGGACGAAAUACGCCCCCAGUUUGAGGUCAAAUACUCCAAGAAGGAGAGGAUGAACCCCAUAUCUGGAAAGCCUGAACCUUACCAGGCAUUCCACGACAAAUACAGUCGCCUCAUCGUCUCAGCAUCCGGCAUCUUCUUCAUGAUACUGGUGGUGAUUGCCGCCGUGUUUGGCAUCGUCAUAUACCGCGUGAUCACCGUCAGCACCUUCGCCGCCUUCGGCUGGGCUCUCAUCAGGAACAACUCUCAGGUGGCGACCACGGGAACGGCAGUUUGCAUCAACUUCUGCAUGAUCAUGCUCCUCAACGUGCUCUAUGAAAAAGUUGCUCUUCUUCUCACUAAUUUAGAACAGCCAAGGACAGAGUCGGAGUGGGAGAACAGCUUUACCCUCAAGAUGUUCCUUUUUCAGUUCGUCAACCUCAACAGUUCGACUUUCUACAUCGCCUUCUUCUUGGGGAGAUUCACAGGCCGGCCCGGUGCAUAUCUACGCCUCAUCAAUCGCUGGAAACUGGAAGAGUGCCACCCCAGUGGCUGCCUCAUUGACCUCUGUCUGCAAAUGGGGAUCAUCAUGGUGCUAAAACAGACCUGGAACAAUUUCAUGGAGCUCGGCUACCCGCUGAUCCAGAACUGGUGGACACGGCGGAGACUGAGGCGAGAGCACGGAAAGACAGCCAAGGCCAGCUUCCCACAGUGGGAGAGGGACUACAACCUACAGCCAAUGAAUGCCUACGGACUCUUUGAUGAAUACUUAGAAAUGAUUCUACAAUUUGGCUUCACCACCAUCUUUGUGGCAGCUUUCCCUCUGGCCCCUCUCUUAGCGCUGCUCAACAACGUCAUCGAGAUUCGUUUAGACGCCUACAAGUUUGUCACACAGUGGCGGCGGCCUCUGCCCUCACAAGCCAAAGACAUAGGGAUCUGGUAUGGCAUUCUGGAGGGCAUCGGCAUCUUGUCUGUCAUCACCAACGCCUUUGUCAUCGCUGUUACCUCAGACUUCAUCCCUCGCCUUGUUUACGCCUACAAGUAUGGACCUUGUGCUGGUCAGGGUCGAGCAGGGGAGGGGUGUAUGAUGGGUUAUGUCAACGCCAGUCUCUCACUGUUCCGGGUGUCUGACUUUGAGGGGAAAUCGCAGUCCAGGACUAAUGGCUCCGAGCUGCUCGGAGUAGCUGUGACGUAUUGCAGAUAUCGGGACUACAGGGAGCCUCCGGACUCUGCUGAUCCCUACGCGUACACUCUACAGUUCUGGCACGUCCUGGCAGCCCGGCUAGCGUUCAUCAUUGUAUUUGAGCAUAUGGUCUUUGCCAUCAAGACCCUGAUCGCGUACCUGAUCCCCGACCUCCCCAAGGACCUGCGGGACAGAAUGCGCAGAGAGAAAUACCUGAUCCAGGAGAUGAUGUACGAGGCCGAGCUGGACAGACUGCAGAAGGAGAAAAACGAGAAGAAGAAGAAAGAAAGGGCCCAUCACAAGGAAUGGCCCUGAAUGCACCAACUGGUUAUCAGCUGGUUUUCAUUGCACAGUGGAGGAAGGAGAGGAGACUGGGUUUCCUGCAUGAUACUGGACCCUCAUGCCUUCCUCCUGCCAUGUCAGACCAGCACCUCCUCCUAGUGGACAGUUGAUGAACUGCAUCCAGCCGGCCCACAGUGUGACCACGGGGCCCAAUGUGUCUGCAUUCAUAACAGGAUGUGUCCUCUUGAACAUUUGGCAGUGGGGUUUUGCUACCUUUUUUUUGUUUUCUCCAGAUAGUUUCUACCACUUUGGACUCCCAACAGCGUAUGUCUUCAGAUCCUGAAUGUAGAUUUCGAGCGAGAACUAAACUUUUACAAAAAAAAAUUCUCGAUUUAGACGAGAGAAAUAACUUUACCGAGCUUACUGAAUGACAAACCCUGUUUACAUUUCUCCUCGUCUGAGGAGAUCUCAUACUGCUUUAUUGUAAAUACAGAUAUUUAAAUGAAUGUCAGGCCAUCUGCUCUGCUAUAGUGUAGUGCAAUAAAAACUAAUGCAAUUUAUGAAGAAAAAUUGUGGUGGGAUUGCUGGCAGCUGAAAAUUGGACAGAUGGAAGAAAGUGCAUUGCUUGAAAAGCUGGAAGCUGGAAUGCAUUUGCUUCAUGUAUAACCAGGAGCUGACCAGCAUCGCUUGAUAAAUGGCUGGGGGGCUAAUUGCUGACUUAACUUUGUAUGAAGGAGUAUGAAGAGUUGGAAUAAUAGAAAAGAGCAAAAUAUAGUGUGAUAAGUGAAAGGUGUUGAAAUUAUGUGUAUGGAGGAGUUGAGGUGUCAUUCAACUCCCUUAGUUUUAUUUUGAAUGUCUUGAGUGCUCAGAAAGCCAGGAAGCUGUGAGCCUUUGUCACCUUUUGGGGCUUUUAUUUUGAAAAUCUAUCAGCCUACUUGAGUGCCAUCACCGGUAAGCUCUUGUUUCCGUCUGGGGACUUUUAUUUAGAAAAUCCUGCAUACUUCAGAGCCCCCUGGAGAAACACAAAAAGUUAAAGCAGUUGGUACUAAACAUAUAUCAUACAAUAUAUAUCAUAUAUCUGUAAGAAUUGUUCAAAGGUCCAUGACUCGUCAGUUAAGAAUCCCCCAAGGAGCCUUCACAGAAGUCAGGAAAGAAGCCUAAUUAGCAAGAAAAACAUUGAAUAUUUCGUAAAGUAUGAAAGAUGAAAUAAAAGAACGGAAUAUUUUGAAUUUUGAAUGAAGUUAAACAGCGUUGAAGAAGAAUAAGGAUUAUAAAGGGAAACUGAGAUGAAGAUAGAUGAGAUUGCAGCUGUUGCCCAGCGAUCCCACCAAUAAAGAGAGACUGAGAUGAACAGAGAUGGGAUUGCUUGCACAGCAAUCCCAUCAAUAAAAAGUUACUUAGAGAUCUAUUCUAUAAAAAGCUGUGGCAGUGUCGGCUUAAAUGGGAAAUGCUUUACAUUUGAAUUAAGAUUCAUAACUGCAGUAAUAAACAUUAUUUAUUGUAAAGAAA